AUGAAUUUGCGUUUUAGUGUGGACACUUUGCGCCUGCUAAUUGAGUUUAAAAUGUCGUCGGAUAGAUUCCCAGACAGACAUCUAAUGAAUCUAUUCUGUGAUCUGCUGCCUGUUGAUGGCGUCUGCUGUCUACUCUCUUUUUUAGCAGAGAAUUCGUACGAAUACUUUUACAGUUGCAGAGCUGCGGACAGUCCAAGCAAAGAAGAGUUUUCAGAGUGGGUGCGCAACUGGAUGCAGCUGUCUGGGGCCAGGAGGCUAAAGGUGGAAGUGUCCAGAGACAAACUGAAAACACCGCCAGAGAAAGAAGGAGUGCCAGCUGAGGAGAGCGCGCCCACGUAUUUUGUAGUUGUAGAUAGCACAGAAAUAUCUAAAAACAGUUUGUCCUACAAAGCAAGAAAAAAACUCAUCCACGAAAUAAAAGAAAAACAAAGGCUGUUCCAGCCAGAAAAAAAAAGAGUAAGAGUGUCCGUAUCAGAAGAUAUCCUAAAAUGUGCAAAAAAAGAAGCUGCUCCAGAGGAGUCCACAGCACCUGAGCCGAUAAAAGAGAAAAAAAGCGCUCCAAAAAGCAGUCUGCUGUCUUUUAUCACAAAGAAAGACGAGCCGCACGAAGAAAGUUUCAGAAAAACACAGAUGAAAGUAUCAGGGAUAUUCCACGGAAAUACUGCAACAAUAAGACACUGCAAAGAAAUAGCCAAGCCCAUACGGAUGGUGUUCUACCAAAUACAUGGGCAGGUAAGGCCGCCAUACUACGCAGUAAAAACAAGAACAUCUAAGCCGAAUGUAUGCAGCAGCAGAAGAAACUCGGUAAAAAGAAUGCUGCCCCCGGAAGACUACAUGUACGACUCAGACGAAGAGUGGGUGGAAGGCGACGGAGAGAGCAUAGACGAAGACUCAAUAGAAAGCGAUGAAGAAGAGUCAGAGGACGCUGAGUGGGUGGAGGAAGACACAAAUGAAAUAUUUUUCAGCAAAGGACAGCUGCCGAGAAUGGACCAUCCUUUGUUCACAGUAUUGCUGGUGGAUGAAACGAAAAUGGAGUAA